CACGUACCUCGCAGAUGCUUUCCAAGGCUCCGCCUCGCCCCAUCCAGCAAGGAGCUGCUGUACUUCGGGCGAGACAUGUGCCUGGGUGCGACAGCGGGUUUCCCGUUUCUCUUGAACAGCAGCUGCGGCGGUUUAUUCCCUCCGCCUUGGCUCCGCGCGACCGUCCUAAAAAAAUCCACCCCACCGAAACCUGAUUUAUCCCGGCGCGGCGUCGCCACUGUGUUUAGGCUGUUGAUGAACAGCAUUCCUUCCCAGAUCAGCAUGCUAAGAGUCAAUUGACGAGAUGCAGAUGUCAUGCAAGGCCCUGAAAAAAAAAGGGAAGAAGAGCAUGGAACUACGUGUCUUUGCGCUGGUCGUCCUAGCCAGCGGCUGUUAGGUAACGAGAAGAAUCGGCCCUGGAGGUCCGGCUCGCCUUUUAAUGUGCAAGUUCGUUUUUGCUCUGAACGUGAGUUUCUCUCUCAAUUGCUUUCGUUCUCUUCAUUGCUUGAUCACAGGACCCUCGCUGUCAAAAGACCUUCGUUCCAUUCGAGUAUUUCAGCAUGCGUGCCCAUCUACUACUUUCAUUGUCGACUGCUGCUCUCACCCGUGCAGCUCCCGGAGGCGGCUGGGAUGAUACGUCACACGUUCAUACUUCAGUCGAAGUGUAUAGCAGCUGUUCCACAGCUUCGUCACCCGAGCAGUCUGGAAAAACAUCGUGGCCUAGCUUCGCGAAGCCGUCUUCGCAUGUGCGUCCCUCUGCAGCAUGGUCUGAUCAGUCCAAGCCUUCCGAGAAAGCCUCUAAGACGUGGGCAAUCAGCACUUCGUGCAAGACGACGCCCCAGCCAUUGCCUGUGACGACAGAAAAGUCGACGGAGCAUCCGGAGUGGACGAAGGCGUCUUCGUAUAUGUGGCCCUCUGCAGGCUGGUCUUAUCAGUCCAAACCUUCCGAGAAAGCCUCCAAGACGUGGGCGAUCAGCACUUCGUGCAAGACGACGCCCCAGCCAUUGCCUGUGACGACAGCAAAGUCGACAGAGCAUCCGGAGUGGACAAAGGCGUCUUCAUAUAUAUGGCCCUCCGCGGGGUGGUCUGAUCAGUCUAAACCUUUCGAGAAAGCCUCCAAGACGUGGGCGAUAAGUACGUCGUGCAAGACGACGGCCCACCCAUCGGCCGUAACAACGGCGAAGUCAUCGGAGCAUCCGGCGUGGACGUCGACGCCUUGCACGACCAGCAGCACGCUCACCUGUCCGCACGUCUGCCAUCUGGAUUUCUUCGGCACGUUGCUUGCCUAUCCGACCGUCAUCGAGUACUCGUCCGUCUAUGCGCAGACGAUCAACGCCUACGUGACCGACUUCAGCGACGGCUCGCCGCCGCGGUCGAGCGAGGAAACGGUCACUGCCCCGCCAGCGCCGCCGGCGGCACCGCUGACGUGGACCGCGUUCGGCGUCGUCCUGACCUACCCAACGACGUACGUAGCGUACACGUCCAUCAACUACGCCACGGUGGUCCCGCUCAGCGCGGAGGGCACCUGCACCACCACCACCUCCGCGCCCCUGAUCUACCCCACCGUGUGGCCGUCGCUGAUCGCGCCCUCGUCGCUGAUCCAGCAGCCCGGCUCCCUCCCGCCGGCCACCGUCGUCCAGUGGCUCGACUCCCUGCCGACCGUCGAGGCCCAGCUGGGCGGCAACGUGUGCGACCCGGCCAACGGGGGCGUCGCCCCGUUCGUGCCCACCGCCACGGUCACGAGCGCGACCACCAUCGACGGAAACACCAGGAUCGUGCACACGACCACGGUCCAGGUGUCAUCGUCGUCGUCGUCGUCGACGUCGUCGUCGACGCCUUCACCCACACCAACGCCGGCCCCGCAGACGUCGAAUACCCCACAGCUCUCGCCGACGACCCCGACGACCGCAUCGCCGACCCCGACGAGCAGCACUCCGACGGCUGUGGUGCAGACCAUCAACGCGGCUGCCAUUCCGAGAAAGUUUGGUACAGAGACAUGGCUUGGUAACGCGUUGGCUGCGGUACUUCUGGCCUUGUAGACGGGUCCUGUGCCAUGAAAAAAGACAUCAAAGGAUGACACGCAACGUAAUGAUCGACGGUCUGCACGACCAGAUCGUCUAGUCAAGAAAGAGAAAUAAAGUAAAACCCCACGCAAGUAAUAGCUAAUGGUGACAUGUUACUUCUGGAUGGGCUCCCGCGACGAAACACAGAUUCGUGGAUGCCAGAAGUACGAGAAGCAUGUAUUGAAUAUUUUUCAGAAUGCUAAUGUGGAUUUGUACAUGUAAAGAAAUAAAAAUGCUGAUGAGUGCCAUGCCUUCUCGGCCUGCGUUCUUUUCCUG